CUGAAACACACUAGAAACUAGACAUCAUCGUAGUUCCAGUUUGAGACAUCACAAAGUGUUUGUCAGUAAGAAUUAGAGCGUGCCAUUCCAUCACACUGUGUACAAGACGUAAGACGACUGGCAAGAUCGGUCAUAUGAAAAUAUGGGAGUAUUUCUUUCAUCUGUUUUAUGGUUCCUUUCCUCCAAAAUAUCCCCAACAUGUCAUAAAUCAAUAAAAAGCUAUGAGCCCUCAUUUUCUAAAAUUGUCCAGCUAGUAUCAGCAGUAAAAUGGGUUUCAGGGAAAAUGAUACAAUGCUUUUUUCAUACAAUUUCCUAUACAGAAUGUGAUAAUGUUAAUAAGUUUGUUCAACCAUUCGAAUGUCAACGACGGUGCGUAUGUACACUGAUCUCUGCCACCCUCCCCUUUCACCUCGGCGUGCUUUAGAGUCACCCUGUGACGUUUGACAUUUCCAAAAGUUGUCGCAGGGAGUCGCUGAUUUGGAACCGAAGCCAGGGGAACCGGACAACAAUAACAACAACACACACGGUCAAGAAGCAGUGCUGACAUAAUAAGUCACCUGAGGUGUAUGGUUCUUCACGGUGUCUAGUCCCUGUCUUAACUUCUCAAGACUAAAGACACAAGGUUGAAUAUCACCAUGUCUGAGGAAGAGAGCUACGUGCAUGAAUCCACCACGCUGUCCAGCGCCCUACUGGGCAUGCUCAACAAGCAGCGGCUGCAGAACUGCCUGUGUGACGUCACAGUGGUGGUGGACGGCAGGCACUUCCGCGCGCACCGUGCCAUCCUGGCGGCGGCCUCGGGCUACUUCUACUCCAUCUUCACUCAGAGGCUGCGCGAUCACAGCUACCUGGAACUACAAGGAGUGAACGCCGAGGGUUUCGCACACCUGUUGGAGUUCUCUUACACCUGUCGUCUCAUCCUCAACCGAGAGAACAUCCGGGACAUCCUGUCUGCCGCCAUUCAGCUGCGCAUGCGUGAUGUGCUAGACGUCUGUUCCAAGUUUCAGAAGCUCGGCGGCAUCAUGAGCCUCUGCCAAAGUCCACAGGACAUAAUUCCAAGAAUCGUACCCCCCAUGGCCAUCCCCUUGGAUCAGCGCCCCAUGAUAGCCUCGCCCUCAGUCUCCGCGACAUCAGCAAACCAGCUUCAUGGACCAAAGCAAGAUGGCGGCAGGGACAAUCUGGCUAGACUGACCAGCAUGGUCUACAGCGUGCCGCAGAGGAGGUCAAGUACAGGCGACAUCACGGAUGGUGUCCUGGACCUGAGUUUGAACUUGAAGAGCGACGGUGGGUCAGAGCGUGAAGAAAAAGACGUCCUCUCACCUUCCCACAGCAAACCGUUCCCUAUAAUCCCCAGUAGGGCGUAUCGCAUGGUUUCCAAGGGAAGAGAUGCGUCGCCGGCCUAUACGAGAAGCGCGUCCAUCCCUGGGAUGAAGUACGGGGCUGACUCGGGGCAGUAUCGGCAAGCAUCGCCGGACAUCGCCGUCAACAUUCUCCAGGGCAUCCGCGGUAGGCCUCCGCCACCGUUGCUGUCGAAAAUGCCGUCCCAGGAGAGGUCCCGUAAGAUCGGAGUCUCCUACACCAACGACGCCGCCACCGUCACCAGCCUGCUUCUGCAGAAAUCUCCCACCGUCAAGAGCGAGUCACGUGCACGGUUCCCCUCAGCUGACGGUUUUGACGGUCGCCUGUCCAGGAAGAGCAGCAGUGAGACAGGAGACGCCGACGACCGAGACAUAGACGACACCAGCCCCAUCCGCAAAUGGAGCAGCGACUCCGGAGUGUCUGUGAGCAGCCAGGAGGCCGGGUCGUACCCAUCUCCGGACAGCAGCAGCGCACAGCAAGAGUUAGGGUCGGUGGCAGCGGCGGCUGGGAGCCCGACGGAAGAUUCCCAGCAUCCGCCGCCGUCCGAGACGAGCAGUGUCGAUGGAGGAGACCUGGAGAUCGACCUGUCCGGCGGGGCCAGCAAGAGGAAACGGGGGAGACCCAAGCUUCAUCCCACCAGCGAAGACAGCGAGUUUGUGUGUGAGGUAUGCGGAAAAUCGUUCAGGAAGUACCAGAAGUACCGAUUCCACAUGUCGGUGCACUCGGGAGUCAAGCCCUUCCAGUGCAAGACGUGCGGCGCGUCUUUCCGUCAGGCGGGCGGGCUGAAGUCCCACAUCCGCCUGCACACCGGCGAGAAGCCCUACCAGUGCUCCAUCUGCGGCGCGCGCUUCCGGCACUGUGGAACUCUGUCUCAGCACAUGAGGGUCCAUACAGGAGAGCGUCCUUACAAGUGUGACUUCUGUGGGAAGCGCUUCACCCAGCUGGGCCACCUGCAACGUCACACCCGCAUCCACACUGGGGAACGUCCGUACGAGUGCGAGACUUGCCAUGCCAGGUUCACCCAGAAGGAAGGUCUCCGGGAGCAUCGUCGUAUUCACACCGGUGAGAGACCUUACAAGUGUGACACCUGUGGAGCUAGGUUCACCCAAUCCAACCAGGUCCGUCGCCACGCCAUUCUGCACCAGCAGGGAGAGAAGCGGCCGCUCCGCGCCUCCAAGCGUCCCGCCGCCGAGGCCGCGGCAGGAGGCAGCGAUCACCCUGAAGGCGGCGGGGAGAAGCGCCCAAGAACAGGCGAGGACGAGCUCGUCGGGCAGCAGGGAGAGCUUGUCCCCAACCUGCCGUGCGACCUCACCCAGCCCCUUGCACUGGUUCCCAGGGAGUACCAGCAGGAAGAAGACGCUGUGAAGGAGGGCGAGGAAGAUCCUGGAUUGCCGCCUGUCCCUCACACUGAGCUUCAAGGAGACUUCGAGGAUCAGAACGUCGAAACCCAAUUGCAAGGUCAAGACCAAGACAAAUCCGCGCCUCUUCUCGACACGGACAAGUCAACAGAGCAACGGCAAAGUGAAGUCAGCAUAUAAUGAUAUCAACUGGGAAAAUGCUAGUAUGCAAUGCCUUUUUUCCAUAGGAUGAAAAUUCUAGAGGCCUCAUAGUCAUACAGUCAAAGCGAAUCGUUUACCAAACGAUUCUAAGCAAGGUAGCCAAAAUCAGGUGUAACUUUGGGACAAUAGAAUAAGAAAAGAAAGGCAAGCCUGUUAUUGAAGUUAACUAAAUGUUAGGUAGUAAAUGAUAAAUGGUGAAAGAAUCUGUACAAUUAAAACCAAACCUAACCAAAGAACGUUAUAAACGUUCCUCCAGACUUAAAAAGUGUGGAUUGGCUAUUGACAUUAUAGAAUACACUGCCUUGUUUAUAUAGUAUGUAGUUGACGAAUACUGGGAAACUUGUAACGUGGUAAUGGCUUUUUAACGAGCCGUAGUCAACCUGAAAGGUUGAACGAAUUAAAUUCGUAUAGUUAGACUAUAAACGCGACGGUGAAACCGAAAAAUUGAAAUCAUUGCUGGUGCAGUACUAGUUAAACAUAUAACGAAGGAUACAAACUUUUAUGGAAAGUUGUACAUAAUACUACUGCAUAUGAGAUCACUGAAAGUCCACAAUUCGUGAAUGCGUUUGGGGUUUUUGCUUUGCAAGAAAUGUGGUGACUAUCAAAAAUCAAUGUUUGUCGAAAAUUUGAAUAAGAAAACUUGUACAGUGCCUUAAAAAGGUUUUGCUCGCUCAAGGUUCGCGGGUUUUGCUUGUAAAUGUAGCUCUCAUCAACAGUGUUGUAAUUAGAAAUAAUUGGGGAACAAGGGAGAAACAUUAAGUUUGUGCCAUCAGGUUGCCCAACAAGCAACAUAUGUUUGCUGCUAUCGGUUGUUCAUGUUUGGGAGAUAGGAGAGAUUAUAUCCAUGUAUGUUCUGUUUAUAUGAAUAUCGGUGCAAAAUUGAGUGCUUGAAAUGACGUAUGAUUGGCUCAUAGUUUGAUAUAUUUCUUUCAUUGUUCUUGAAGUUGAGGCGGUUGAGUGUAUAUAUGUUUGGAUUGUUGGUUGCCAUUUUUAUAUCAAUGUUAGUGUUCAUCGCUUAAAAUCUGGUAUUUCGGAAAAUUACAUCAGUUCUUGCUGGAUAGAUACAUUAAGAAAAUCCCAGAAAUACGCUUGUACCAUACAAGAAAAUACAUUACGUUACUGUAUCAUCAACUACUAUAAAUCACAUGGUGACGUAAUCUAUGCUAGUGAAACUGACGGUAUGACGUUAGAUCAUGUGAUCUAUCUUGAUCGCUAUUGGCUACAUAUGUUUCCAUACAACUGCCUUAUGCUAUAGACCGAUAAUUUGUUGCUUGUAAGUUGUAUCAUUAUCAUCAAGUUCAGUGCAACUAUCAUACGUUUAAAUAACAAUCUAUGCAAUUUGACAUCUUUGCAAUCCCGAGUUAAGAAGGUGCCUUCUACGGUUGUAUUCUUUCCUUGUUUUGGACAUAUUGAAGGUGGUAAAACGCGCAGUUUAAGUCUGUACAAUUUUGCAGGGAAUUCUAACGUAUUCUACUUCACUUUACCGGAAAUGGAGGUGUGCAGAUAGGUUUUAGUACUUCCGUGGCGAAUUGUAAGAGGGAAGUGCAGUACACAAGUGUGAAUCAGCCAGAAACUAUGCAAUUUGCGGGAACAAUGGUAUUUCAAUAAAGGGAAGUGGUAUUUCCAA